AUGGAGAAUCGCGACACGCGGAUGCAGUCGGUCUUCGGAGGUGCUCAGCACACCUAUGCUGAGCUACGGGUACUGGCCGCCUCGCUACAGCUCGCGCGCAAGUCGUUCGGUAACUUUGUGGCGUCGACGUUGGUUGCCGCUGAGGGCAUCUGA